AUGCAGAAUGGUGAGAAAAUUACACUUUCCAGAAAGAUCAAGGUAGCUGAAGAAGGUUAGAGAAUUGACCAAGCGUUAGCUCAAGAUGGCUGCUGAAUAUUAGUCAAGUUCUUUUUUGCGUUUUUUUUGUUUUUGACCGACACGGAGUUAACAAGGUCAAACGCAAAAAAAAGAGGGCAACAUUCAGCCAUCUUGACCCAACAAGCUUGCAUGGUUAAUAAAGGAUUUAUUAUACGACCAAAAAGAAAACUUUUGCUUGCAGGACCAACGCGAGAAAUCCCAAGCGCGCAAAAUGGGCUCAUCUUGCCCGUUCGGGCAACAGGAUUCCCAGGAUUCGCUUCAUCAAGCUCGCUCGCGGACUCAGCCAUAUAAUAAAUACUGAUCUUGAAUGGUUUUUCGUGAGACAGUUCUGAGUUAACAGUCUUGUACAUUUCAUUAAGCAAGUUGUGCACACUUCUAAAUCCUUUUGACUCCGCGAGGGUUAAAGCUUAAACCCACAACUCGCUAGACAUAAAAAUAUCAGUACACCAUCCAGAGCAGUCAGAGCUGUAGAUUCCUGCAGUACAUUUUUCGAGUUACAAUUCGCAGAUAAUUGCUUUCCUGUUUUAAAGGUACCAUCCAGACACACCAUAAAUCAAUUAUUCACUCUUUCAGCGAAUUAAAACUUAAAGCAACUUUUUCUUUCUCCCAAAGAAAUUUUUGUUUCAAUCUCCUGGGCUCCAAUGCCAAGUUCUGAUAUGGCAGUGCAUACUGUGACUCUCGCCCCAGGCUCCUCUGAGUAUCAAGAUGUCGCCAGCAAAUUUCGAGUAACAGGUGGCGGAAUGCAAAUUCAGGAAAUCGAGCGAAUCCAUAAUCCUCAUCUUUACAAGCAGUACAUGGUGCGAAAGUAG